UCCUUCUGUCCCCAGUGAGGUGCACUGGGAAGGUGAGGUGAUGGGGCAGAUGCACUACGGUGCUUGGAGGUCACUGAACAGAAACCAAGGCGGCAGCUCUUCCAUCCGCGACCACCCCAGGGGCGGCUGGGACUGCGGGAGAGGUUCUUGGGGGUCCUUGGCAUGGGGUGCAAAGCGAGGGCGCACGCGGGGAGGAUCCAGGACUCCGCCCCGAGGCCCACCGACCUCGAUAAGUGGCAGCGCCCCCUCUGCCCCCACUGCCCUCCGAGGGCCGCCCAGAAUCUGUCCACCCAGGCGCGGGACAGGGUGACUCCCCCGUGGCGCCGUGCCGCGGCGCCCAGUCCCUCCCGCAGGUCGCCGAGGGCGCCGGGGCCUCGCACCACACCUGUCCGCUCCUCCGGGAGGCCCCGGCGCCUCUGCUGCCGGCCCCUCGGCGCGGAGCCCUGUGUCCGCCGUCGCUUUGAUCCCGGGGGCCCCGCUGGAUAAAAGUCCCGGGAGGCUCCGCGCCAGCGCCAGAGGGGAGGCAGCCGAGCCGGGCGUACCAGCAGGCUGGCGCUGGGCGAGCGACGCCGAGGAGCCGGGGCCGCGGGGCCGCCCUCGCCGCCCGCGGUGGCCGCGGGCCCGAGCAGCGCGGCCAUGGGCCGAGGGGUGCGCGUGCUGCUGCUGCUGGGCCUGCUGCACUGGGCCGGGGGCGGCGAGGGCAGGAAGACCUGGCGGCGCCGCGGCCAGCAGCCACCCCCGCCGCCGCCCCCGCCGCGGGCCGAGGCGGCGACGGCGGCUGGGCAGCCGGUGGAGAGCUUCCCGCUGGACUUCACGGCCGUGGAAGGCAACAUGGACAGCUUCAUGGCACAGGUCAAGAGCCUGGCACAGUCCCUGUACCCCUGCUCGGCACAGCAGCUCAACGAGGACCUGCGCCUGCACCUCCUGCUCAACACGUCGGUGACUUGCAACGACGGCAGCUCGGCCGGCUACUACCUGAAGGAAUCCAAGGGCAGCCGGCGAUGGCUACUGUUUCUGGAAGGAGGCUGGUACUGCUUCAACCGGGAGAACUGCGACUCCCGAUAUGACACCAUGCGGCGCCUCAUGAGCUCCAAGGACUGGCCGCUCACUCGAACAGGCACGGGGAUCCUGUCCUCCCAGCCAGAGGAGAACCCCCACUGGUGGAACGCCAACAUGGUCUUCAUCCCCUACUGCUCCAGCGAUGUCUGGAGUGGGGCUUCAUCCAAGUCUGAAAAGAACGAGUACGCCUUCAUGGGCGCCCUCAUCAUCCAGGAGGUUGUGCGAGAGCUCCUGGACAAAGGGUUGAGCGGGGCCAAGGUGCUGCUGCUGGCAGGGAGCAGCGCGGGGGGCACAGGAGUGCUGCUGAACGUGGACCGCGUGGCCGAGCAGCUGGAGGAGCUGGGCUAUCCAGCCAUCCAGGUGCGGGGCCUGGCUGACUCUGGCUGGUUCCUGGACAACAAGCAGUACCGCCGCACAGACUGCAUUGACACCAUCACCUGCGCGCCCACGGAGGCCAUCCGCCGGGGCAUCAGGUGCUCUGGGAGGGAGGGCCCAUCCUGUGCAGAGGGCCUGGGGUGUGGUGGCAUCUGUGGGUGGAGAAGCUCAUGGGAGGCCAGGGGCAGCCUAACCUGCAGCAUGUGGCCUAGGUACUGGAAUGGGGUGGUCCCGGAGCGCUGUAGGCGCCAGUUCAAGGAGGGCGAGGAGUGGAACUGCUUCUUUGGCUACAAAGUCUACCCAACCCUGCGCUGCCCGGUGUUCGUGGUACAGUGGCUGUUUGACGAGGCCCAGCUGACUGUGGACAAUGUGCACCUCACGGGGCAGCCGGUGCAGGAGGGCCAGUGGCUGUACAUCCAAAACCUGGGCCGUGAGCUGCGGAACACACUCAAGGACGUGCCGGCCAGCUUUGCCCCUGCCUGCCUCUCCCACGAGAUCAUCAUCCGAAGCCACUGGACAGACGUCCAGGUAAAGGGGACCUCGCUGCCCCGGGCACUGCACUGCUGGGACAGAAGCCUCCACGACAGCCACAAGGCCAGCAAAGCUCCCCUGAAGGGCUGCCCCAUCCACCUGGUGGACAGCUGCCCCUGGCCCCACUGCAACCCAUCUUGCCCCACCAUCCGGGACCAGUUCACGGGGCAGGAGAUGAACGUGGCCCAGUUCCUGAUGCACAUGGGCUUCGACGUGCAGACAGUGGCACAGCAGCAGGGCCUGGAGCCCAGUAAACUGCUGGGGAUGCUGAGCAGCGGGAGCUAGGGCCCCGCCCACCUGCCCUCCAGGCCCUCCUGUCCUCCUAGGGCCGCAGGGCCCCGGCCAUCCCCAUCCUGGGUCUGGAUGCCCUCCCCUGGCAGCCUUCACUGCCUCUUUCCCACUGCCUCUGGGAGGCCCAGCCUGAGAUGGACCCACCGUCAGCCCAGCUGUGGCCCUGGGCCCCCUCCCAUCCCUCCCUCCUGACUCCCGCCUCCAGCCCACAGUGGGGAGUCAGAAGCACUGGAUUCCUCAGCCCCCAGCCCAGAAGGCCCCGCCCCAGCCCAGCCCCCAGCCUCGCCUGCCCUUUUGUAUUAUUUUAUAAAGUGACUUUUUUUAUUACUUUAAUUUUUUAAGAAAGAAAAAUAAGCAAGAAAUAUAUAGUGAAUGAUAUUGUUUUGUAACAUAUUUUUUUUAAAUAAUGAAGAAAAAAGAUAACAAAAGAG